GAAGGCUACAUUUGUUAGUUGUUCAUUAGUACUCUCAUAAGCCUUGCAUCUUCAACUGCUCAUGUGCGAAGGCCCGAAUCGCCUCCAGGACCGUUUCCGACGCUCGGAUAGGCGUGCGGGGUUGAGGAGAUGGCGUUGAAGCAAGGAACGUUCGACUUGCUGCAUUGUCACGCAGAUGGAGGAACAUGACUCGCCGAGGCUCGAAAGCCAUAAAGGACUGUGAUGUUGGUCCGGCCUGGGAGGCGGAAUAUUUCCCGUCCCUUACCUGACGGCAAGAACGAUUUAUACCGUGCCUGCUUUCCUCGCCAUGGUGUGGAUAGGGCAUUUUGAAGACCUCCAGGCAUCUUUGCUCCUUCCUUUCUCCUUCCUGUGUGGUCUGUCUGCAAGCUCAACGACACGAUGGGCUCGACACCGGCGAAGAAGACGAUGCGAGCGCAGCAAUACGAUGCGCGCGACAACAAGCUCCAUUUGAACGAAGUCGAAAUCCCACAACCGCGCGAACAUGAGCUCCUCGUCAAGAUCGCGUGCGCCUCUCUCUGCCACUCAGAUGUGAUGCUCUUUGAGCCCAAUGACCAAGGCUUGAUUCUCGGGAAAAACCCAGUUACCAUCGGUCACGAGGCAACCGGGACGGUCGUCUCAAGAGGCUCCAGCGAGGCUGCCAGCAUGUUCAGGGAAGGCGACAACGUUGGAUUCUUAUGUGCCGUUGACUGUUGCUUCGACUGCACUCAAUGCAGGACCGUUCACAACUCGUGGUGCGUGACUGGGAAGACGAAGAUGCAGGGCUUUACUCUGGACGGUUACUUCCAAGAAUAUGCGGUGGUGGACGCGAGGGCUGCAAUGGUCCUGCCUGAGGGAUUGGAUGUUAAGACGGCGGCACCGCUGUUCUGUGCAGGAGUCACUGCCUACCAUGGUAUCGAAGAUUGCCAGCUGCAGGCGGGACAGUGGAUAGCUGUUGUUGGUUGUGGUGGUCUCGGUCAUCUGGGGAUCCAAUACGCCAAAGCCAUGGGACUCAAGGUCAUUGGUCUCGACGUCGCCGAUCAGGCGCUCGAAGAAGCCAAGAAAUGUGGCGCUGACCAUGUCUUCAACUCCAUCAAGGACCAAGACUGGAAGCAGAAGGUCCUAGAGAUCUCCGGAGGCGGCGUUGAUGCCGCCGUCAACUUUACGGCGUCUAAGAAGUCGUACGAUGACUGCCCAGCAAUCAUCAAGCCGGGCCUCGGGCUCCUGAUGGUCGUUGGGAUCCCGCGAGAGCCUCUACAGCUCAACGCGCUAGACAUCGCUCUUGGACGAUUCCGUGUCAAGGGCUCGAACAACGGAACCUGCUAUAACAUGCGCCCUGCGAUCGAAUUCUCCGCGAAGCACAACAUCAAGCCCCACCUGACCACAUUCAAGCUGGAGGAGAUCCCAAAGAUGAUUGAGCUGAUGAACUCGCACAAGGCGCAAGGGCGCAUGGGGGUUGUUUUCGACUGAAGGACCGCAGAGAUCGAAG